GCGGCGGGAGUCCUGGGGGUCGUCAUGGUUCUGGUCCUGGUCAUCCUCAUCCCGGUGCUUGUCAACUCAGCUGGAACGGCGGCGCACUACGAGAUGCUCGGUACCUGCAGGAUGGUGUGUGACCCCUACGGCACCAAAUCCCCGACCAGCACCGCCACCGCGGACACGGUCCGAGACAACAGCCUCGUCCAGUCUUUACCCACUUUUAUCCAAGGUCCGAAAGGGGAACCCGGUCGUCCGGGGAAAGCGGGUCCCAGGGGUCCUCCUGGCGAGCCGGGACCGCCUGGUCCAGCGGGGCCACCCGGGGAGAAAGGAGAACCGGGCCGACCUGGUCUACCGGGCCCUCCAGGACCCAAUGCCGCCGGAGCCAUCAGCGCCGCCACCUAUAGCACCGUGCCCAAAAUCGCCUUUUACGCAGGGCUUAAAAAGCAACAUGAAGGCUACGAGGUGCUCAAAUUCGACGACGUGGUGACCAACCUGGGAAACCACUAUGAUCCGACCACGGGAAAGUUCACUUGCUCCAUCCCCGGGAUUUAUUUCUUCACCUACCACGUCCUGAUGCGCGGAGGGGACGGCACCAGCAUGUGGGCUGAUCUCUGCAAAAACAACCAGGUGCGUGCCAGUGCCAUCGCCCAGGACGCUGACCAGAACUACGACUAUGCCAGCAACAGCGCUGUGCUGCAUCUGGAGCCAGGAGACGAGGUCUACAUUAAGCUCGACGGAGGCAAAGCGCACGGCGGCAAUAACAACAAGUACAGCACCUUCUCUGGAUUCAUCAUCUACGCCGACUAG